UUAGCGAAUCAUAACCAUGUUAUAUAACCAUAAGAAUUUCUCAUAUAAUAACAUCAAAAUUUUAACCGUUAUGACAGCAAUAUAAUACAGAGUUUUUAAAAGAUCAUAAUUGAUAGCCUCGGUUUAUUAACGGUGGCGAUGAAUAAAAAGUCUCGCGCAAACAGAAGCUAUACAAACUUAAGAUGAUAUCGAUCAUUUUUAAACGGAAAUUCGUGCGUAAAAACGAGCAUACAUCUUGGGGCUAAUUAUCCGGGUAGCAGAGAGAGGGAACGAAAAGCUGUUGAAGAUAAACGAGCGGCUCUCGACCGGAACACGAGUUUGGAUACGAACCCGAGCCGGAGCAGGAGCACAAGGUCUCUAUAAAUGCGUGCGUGCGUACGUUCAUGAUUUCCAGUCGGUGGGAGGUUAGCUUUCGUGAUCAUAGGAAGCAUAACAUCUCGAUUCGACGUUCAAAAUCGACGUGUAAGUCGAUAAAAUGCACACGCAGUAAAAUUACAGGAAUCGAUUAGUGGAACGAUAUUAAUAUUCGAAAUGGUGUUAAACGGAACGAAUUAACGCUCGCUUAGCAUUCGAACGUUGAAUUCGACAGCCUGAUAAUCACGUGCUCGCACGAAACGUCAGUUGCGCGUGCGAACAGUGAACAGUUGAACGAGCGUUCAUCACUGACAUUUCACUGGGAGAAACAAGAGAGUGCAAAUACUGCGUUCGUGAGUCAGUCGACAAGUGUACUUCUAUAAACAACUCCAAGGAUUCGAUCGGAGUAUCGAACUGCGUAAUUUGAGAACUGCCACGACAAACGUCGAGUAAUCCUUUGUUUUAUACUAUUGACCUCGCGACGAUAACGUUGAACCGAUAUCCGCCGCUCCAGACGUAAUACAUUAUGUAUACGACUGUUGAAUCAAAAAAGGGAAGAAUCUUUUAACACGGUUCAUAAAAGUAUCGGAACACUUGCCAUACACAAUUGCUAUGUAUUAUAUUGUACGCGUUAUGUGCAACAUUUUCCUCAUAGCUACCUCGUUACAAUGCUAAUGAGAUUGUAAAAUAUGAAAGUAUAACACACAUAAUACAUUCGUAAAAGAUUGCUACACCUAUUUAAAUGUUUGGUCUCGAAUAUACAUAUAGUGCACGAAAAUUUAUUUAAAAAGCAGAAAAACAACGAAGAUUAUGAGAUGACAUGUAGCGAAUAUAUUGCUCAAUUUUAUAAAUAAAGAAGGAACAGAAGAACGUCAUAGUUAUUGAUUUGGAAAAAUAAUUUUAUAUUUGUAUUUCGAAAAGAACUCUGUAGCGAAUUCAAAAUGUGGAGUAUUUUGGAGAAAUUUCUAUUACCAGGAUUAUUGCUAGGUAUUUUAUAUUGUUUUCUUACGUCGACAUUCGAUUUUUGGAAGAACCGUGGCGUCCCUUUCCGAAAACCUACAGUAUUAUUUGGAAAUUUUGCGUCGUUGCUAUUGUUCCAAAAAUCGUUACCAGAAGGUAUAAAAGAUAUGUAUGAGUGGUUCAGAGACGAGAGGUAUUUCGGAGCGUUUCGUGUUACGUCGCCUGUGCUGAUCCUACGGGACCCAGACCUCGUGAAAGACAUUUGCGUGAAAAGCUUCGCUUGCUUCACGAACCGUGGAAUACCGGUAAACUCACAGGACUCGUUAUCUGCCCACUUGUUCAACCUAGAAGGAAAAAGAUGGAAGAGCCUGAGAUCCAAACUGACCCCAGCCUUUUCAUCCGGCAAAUUGAAAAGAAUGUUCUACCUGCUGGCCGAGUGCGGCGAGGAGUUUCAAAAAUUAAUCGACGCGUCCUCCGAGACCCAUCGUCCAUUUGAGAUUCGCGAGCUAGCGGCAAAAUUUACGAUAGACGUCAUUGGCAGCUGUGCUUUUGGCAUACAAAUAAAUGCUCUCACCGAUGAGGAAUCCGAGUUUCACAGGGCUGCUAAGAAACUCUCGAAACCAAGUUACACAGCUACCCUCUGGAGAAUGCUUAGAACAGCCAUGCCAAAAUUGUACAAAUUUUUGGAUGUUCAAGUGAUAGAUCCUGAGGUAAGCAAAUUUUUCAAGAAUGUAGUGUCGCAGAUGAUUAACGAACGAGAGGAACAUGGUAUUAAGAGACACGACUUUAUGGACCUGUUAAUUGAAUUGAAAAAUAAAGGAACAUUGGACGAGUGUGGAAAUGGACAAGUUUGCAAUGACGAAGAUGAGGAAAUUACUGAAGAGAUAGAAUUGGACGAGAACAGCAUUGCAGCGCAAGCGUUUGUGUUUUUCGCUGCCGGUUAUGAAACGUCCUCGAACACCAUAGCUUUCUGUCUUCACGAGUUGGCGUUAAAUACAGAAAUUCAGGAAAAAACGAGACGCGACAUACAAGACGCCAUUGACAGCAGAAAUGGCAAACUGUCUUACGAUGCUAUCCAAGACAUGAAGUAUCUUGAUAUGGUUAUUGCAGAAACGCUACGGAAAUAUCCUCCAGCUUCAAUGCUAUCCCGAAGAUGCGAGCACCAAUACCAAAUACCAGGAAGUAAAGUUGAAUUACCAGUAGGCAUUCGGGUGAUCAUACCAAUUUAUGGAUUUCACCAUGAUCCAGAUUAUUACCCGGAUCCAGCAACAUUUGAUCCCGAAAGAUUUACAGAAGAAAAUAAACGAACCAGACAUCCUUAUACGUAUCUUCCAUUUGGCGAGGGACCUCGAAAUUGCAUAGGUAUGCGGUUCGCAUUGCUACAAAUCAAAGUGGGGAUAAUUUCGUUUCUCAGAAAGCACAGAGUGGAAACAUGCGAGAGAACGAUAACGCCGAUAAAAUUUAGUAGACGAAGUCUCGUGACAACUAGCGAAAAAGGAUUCUGGCUUAAAAUCAUACAAUACUCUUAAACUUGCAAAAUUUAAAAAAGGACACCACCAAUGUCUGUUGUGUACUUAAAAUACCUCAAAGAAAUUAUCAAUAUUAUUAACUAUCUUAGUAUUAAUGCGGCCAGUAGAACAAUUUUAAUCUCACUUUUUAUAUUUUAUUUUUUUUUAUUCUUAUAUUUCAUGAAUAUUUAUUAAAAAUUAUUAGUGUUACUUUCUACAAUAGUUAAUUUUCAGUGAUAUUUUAGGUUACCAUCAGUAAUAUAUUUAUAAUUAUUAGUAAUUAUGAACGGGAUAAUUUACUUUGUACAUUCUUAAUGGGUCGUAUUUAUAGUUAGUGUUAUUGCACUGUUUUUGAAAAUGAUAUUGUUACACAAAUGAAACCUUUAUAUUUUUGUAAACAUUUUAUGCAUUAAACAUUAUAAUGUAUUAAUAUAAUAAAUAUCAUACGUGUAUUAAUACACGACAAAUAUCUGAA